UUCCACACAUCCAUAUACACUACAACGACAAACUUCACGAACUUUCCGUUAUCCUUUAUUGAAAUUUUAACGAGUUAAAACCGAAAAUCGUCCUCAAAUGCUCUAACCAAAUUCUCAAAGUAAGUUUCGGCGGCACAAGUAAGGUUCGUCCGGCGAAAAAUCGUUGAAAUCGGGCAAAGGAUGACGGAUGCAUUCGAAAAGUGCCAUCUUCUUCGAAAAGUCAACGAAAUUCAAACGCACCCCCUCCCGCAAUCGAAAUACCCCAAGGGAUUUUUUUCAUAAGGUGUAUUUCACACAUGACACUUAAUUUAUUGUAUUAUUAUGUCAAAAUAAUUAGAAUUACUAAUUUAAUUGUAGUUUCUUAUGCACUAUUAUUGUAAAUAAAGCAUAUCGUAGUAAUGAAGAGGGAUAAUUAAAUUUUGGUCCCUAUAUUAUACACAUUUUCUAAUUUUGGUCCUUAAAUUCUUUUUGCCACGAAAUUGGUCCUCAAACAAUUGACUUUUUACAUUUUUGGUCCCUCUAUUUGAGGACCAAUUUCGUAGCAGAAAAAUAUUAAGGACUAAAAUAAAAAACGAUGUAUAAUAUAGGGACCAAAACUGUAAACAAAGAAUAUAAAAUAGAGAUAUAAAUAGACGAAGAUAACCGCCCAAAAUCCAAAAUCAGAAAAAAAUCCAAAAGAAGGAAAACUUAAAAUGGCGGACGAAUGUUGGGCGAUCGUUAUGGAAAGCACGAAAAUUUUGCGAUUGUUCAAAAAUGAGGUGAUCGAUGAGCUCAAUCCAACCGUGUUAGAGCGGUUAUUACGGACAAUACGAGAAAUGGCCACACAUUUCCCGGAUCAGCUUUAUCAUUCUUACCCGGAUAUUUUUAGAGGAUACAUAUUGACGGUUCUCGAUUCUUUGAGAGGGAGGGAGGGUAAAGCCCUUCUAGCUGAUUUUCUGAAAGAAUGGAGGCGUCAUAAUUGGAUGAUGGUUACGUUAUCACCAUCACUGGAAGAUCUUGUUGUACCCCACGAUUCGUUGCCUCUAAAUCAAGUUGGGAACGAAUGUUUCUCAAAUGUGGUGUAUAAGGAACUCAAAGUUGAAAUACUUGAUGCUACAUCAUCUCUAAUUGAUGGAUUACGACAACAAAAUGGAAAAAUGGGCGAUCAUUUUCUUAUGAAGAGGUUACUAACUUCGAUUCAUGAGAUCGGAGUUAGAGAUGACUUUGAGUUGGAGCUGAAGAAUGUUGUACGUGCGGUUUGUAGCCAGAGAGCUUCGGGCUGGAUUGAAAAUGGAACUUUAGUGGAGUACAUGGUGGAGGCCAAAGAGUAUAUGAGAAAAGAGAAUGACUUAAUUUGUUCCCAUCUUGCUUAUCUUCGUGAAAAUAGUAAGAGAAAUUUUCUUAAGGUAGUACAAAAUCAGUUGUUGUCUACAUAUAUCAACAGACUGUUGGAGAUAGGGCACUCAGGUCCUUCACUUAAGGAAAACAAGGUACAAAAAGUUCACGUUAACAAAAUUUUCUUACUUCAUAUGUUGUAUAAUGCUCGACAUAUUUGUUAUACACAGAAAAUCCAGCUACAAUAAGGGGAAACUUACUAGGAAUAUC